AACUAUUGACCGAACUCCACCACCCGAACAAUUUGUUCCUAGGUUUGGGCAGUGGAAGGAAGAUGGCAAAAAUCCCCCUCAUACUCUCCUUUUGUCUUCUGGAAGCUUUUCUUGGUGCCGAAAGUGCAGUCUUUAUUGAGAACAAAGAGGCAAACACAGUUCUGAGCAGGACAAGGCGAGGCAAUUCAAACAGGCUGGAAGAGUUUAUUUCUGGGAACCUCGAGAGAGAAUGCAUAGAAGAAAAAUGCAGCUUUGAAGAAGCCCGAGAAGUGUUUGAGAACACAGAGAAAACAAUGGAAUUUUGGAAAAUAUACAUUGAUGGAGAUCAGUGUAACUCCAAUCCAUGCAAAAAUGGAGCCAUGUGCAAGGAUGGAGUAAGCUCCUAUGAGUGCAUGUGCCCACCUGGGUACGGAGGCAGAAACUGCGAGAUAGACUCUACUUGUGCUACAAAAAAUGGGGGCUGUGAGCACUUCUGCAGGCAUGACCCACCACAGAAGGCUGUGUGCUCCUGUGCCAGUGGCUACAAGCUUCAUGAAGAUGGAAAGUCCUGUAAACCUGAAGUGCCAUAUCCCUGCGGGAGGAUCACAGCUCCGGAGAUGAGAGGAAAGGUCACUCGCACCGAAAACACCAUUGAGCGCUGGAACAUCACGGCUCACGAUGAGGACGACGCUCACGACGAAGUGCUCGACAUCACAGAGCUGCCCCCCCCCCCCACCACCGCCGCCGCCCCUGCCAGGACUCGUGCCGAUAACUAAGAUGACACCCGUGUGGGGGGAUACGACAGCGUGAAGGGCCAGCUGCCAUGGCAGGUUCACCUGGUGGACAGCAGCGGUUUGGGCUUCUGCGGAGGGUCCAUUAUCAAUGAGAAAUGGGUGGUGACAGCAGCGCACUGCCUGAAGCCAGGGGACAACGUCACGGCUGUGGCAGGUGAAUACAACACGAAGGAGGACGACCACACAGAGCAGUGGCGGCAGGUGGUUAAAAUCCUUCCUUACCCCACCUACAACCGCACCAGGAACAAGCACCACAAUGACAUCGCUCUUCUGGAGCUGGACCAGCCGCUCACCUUCAACAGCUACGUCACCCCCAUCUGCAUCGGCAGCCGGGACUUCACCAACAACCUGCUGAGCAACGGGCCGGGCACGGUGAGCGGCUGGGGCAGCAUGCUGUACCGCGGCCGCUCCGCCGUCAUCCUGCAGGUGCUCACUGUGCCCUUUGUGGACCGGGUGACCUGCCUGAAGAGCACCUCCACCACCAUCCUGCAGAGCAUGUUCUGUGCUGGCUACACGGCUGGGGGGAAGGACACGUGUGGGGGGGACAGCGGCGGGCCCUACGCCAACAGCAUUGGGGAGACCUGGUUUCUGACAGGGGUGACCAGCUGGGGUGAGGAGUGCGCCAAGCCGGGCAAGUAUGGCAUCUACACCAAGGUCGCCAAGUAUGUGAAGUGGAUCAGGGAAACCACGAGGCUCACCUAACUGUGCCAACGUGCUGCUGGAGGGACUGGGGAGGGAGGGGGCCGCAGGAACCGUCUCAGAAAUCGCUGUGUAUUGAUAAUUGUUUCUAUAUGAACUAAUUUCUGCUCUUGGAAGAGAACCCAGUGUAAGCGUGGCAAUACGGAAAUAAAAAGCCUUUCUAAUUA